AGGCUAGCUGCGAGGACGCUUGUGGGGAGCAUUGAGGGUGUUGCGUGGAGUCGCAGCGGGAUUUCCGUGACAGUAGGUGAACAAAUCUGACGAACACCAUGGACGGGGCGCUGGCGUUUGUAACAGAGAAUCCGACCAUGUCACGGAUUCUCUGCUGUGAGUGUGGCACUCCCAUUGAACCAAACCCGACCAGCAUGUGCGUGGCGUGCCUGCGCACCCACGUGGACAUCACCGACGGUAUCCCCAAGCAGGCAGUACUGUACUUCUGCAAGAACUGCGAGCGUUACCUGCAGCCUCCGGAUACGUGGGUCAAGUGUGCGCUGGAGACGCGCGAGCUGCUGGCGUUGUGCCUGAAGAAGUUGAAGGGCCUAUCGCAGGUGCGACUGGUGGACGCGGCGUUCGUUUGGACGGAGCCGCACUCACGUCGCAUCAAGGUGAAGCUAACCAUCCAGAAGGAGGUGAUGAACGGCACGAUCCUGCAGCAGGUGUUCAUCGUAGAGUUCGUCGUCAACACGCAAAUGUGCGGUGACUGCCACCGCGCGGAAGCCAAGGACUUCUGGAAGGCCCAAGUGCAGCUACGCAUGAAGGGCACCAAUAAGAAGACGUUUUAUUACCUGGAGCAGCUCAUUCUGAAGCACAAGGCGCACGAGAGUACUGUGAACAUCAAACCCGUGCACGAGGGCCUGGACUUCCUGUUCGCAAAUGAGGCGCAGGCACGCAAGUUCGUCAGCUUCGUCGACUCGGUUGUGCCAUGCCGCACGCAGACGUCCAAGAAGCUCAUCUCUCACGACGUCCGCAACAACACGUACAACUACAAGUUCACGCUGAGCGUGGAGCUGGUGCCGAUCUGCAAGGACACGGUGGUGUGUCUGCCGCGGCGGAUGGCGCACCAGCUGGGCGGCAUCGGCCAGCUUUGCGUGGUCUUCCGCGUCGCCAACGUCGUCAGCCUGAUCGACCCGAGCACCGGCCAGGUGACGGAGCUGCACGGCGCGCAGUACUGGCGCGAGCCGUUCGGCGCCGUCUGCGGACCGCGCCAGCUCACCGAGUUCGUGGUGAUGGACGCCGAGGUACAGCGCGCCGACGAACGGCGUACGUUCGCCGGCCAGGGGGCGCUUAGCACGCGCCACCAGGUGGCGGACGUGUGGGUGGUGCGCAGCAGCCAACUGGGACAGGAGGACGCCGCCGUCCACACGCGCACCCAUCUGGGCCACUUGCUGAAGCCCGGUGACUUGGCGCUUGGACUCGACCUCAAGAACAGCAACAUCAACGACGACAACCUUGAGGCCAUGGACCAGGAGAAGUUACCGGACGUCAUCCUCGUGAAGAAGGUGUUCGCCGACCCGGCGGCGCGCCACCGCCGUCGCCGCUGGAAGCUGAAGCACCUGCGUGACGAGGCAGACACGGCCAGCCAGGACCGGGACUACGCCGAGUUCCUCGAGGACCUGGAGGAAGAGCCGGCUCUACGCGGCAACGUCAACAUCUACCGAGACCCGGCCAAGGUGGCCGUGGACGUGGAUGACGCCGGCUUUGACGCGCCGCAGGUCACGCUGCAGGAGAUGCUAGAGGACCUGCAGAUCGGCGGCGACGCCACCGGGGAGGAAGGCGCGCCUAUGCUGGAGUAACUGCCAACGGCCAGGAGGGUACGCUGAUGCGGAAGUGAACGCAGUGGUUGCUCCGGUUUGGGUGGGGAGAUGGGUGCGCUGACAUGGUGGGUUGAAAAGUAAAAAUAUUUAACUUUUUAAGGACAUGAAAGUGCUUUGGGAGGCGUAGAAGUGUUAAAAUGUCUUUAAAGGCGCAACGCCCACUGGUGCGUUCCAACACUGUCGGCGGGUGUUUGUUUGCCUCUUGCAAGCUGUCCUUGACGUGGAUGCGUGCAUCCAUAUAAAUAAGAGUGAAUGGAGAUGCUGGUUGUGUUAUUGCCAUCGGCCGUGAAAUGAUGCGCUCCGUUGUGUCGAACUGGUUGUAAAUCGUCCCGUACAUUUGUACUGGUGUUACGGCUGUCACGGAACAUAUCAUUGGACACCAUUUAACCUGUGGGUAAAAGAGGAAAAGUGAUAGGAAACCGUUGGCUACGAACUCGUUGACAGUACUCUAUCCGUAUACUUUCUGUUAUGUGCGAUGCACAAUUGUCUUCGUCAGCAUUUGGCAGUUUAUACCGAGCAAAGAUGGUCAGAUGUAUUCAGGAUCCUUUGCUGUUACCAUGAACUCGCGACUCCCUCACCGGUGACUACUCGUUACUGCGAAGCAUGAGAGUUCGCGAAUCAUCGCAACAGUGGCGCGAGGGACGCACGCGAACCUGGAAGCGUGUCUGUAAAAACUGAGUAUCGCGUAUAAACGAUUCACGGCAACUGGAUUUCGUAGAAAAUAAAAGCAAGCCAGAGGCAGUGUCA